AUGCAUCCUUACAGUAAGUCUGCUCCCAAGUGCCGGACGAGAUAUUUCCCUCUCCAUGGCAACAGGUUACCUGAAGCUCCCGGUCACCCGCUGGAAUUAGAGAACGAACGAGUCUGCGAUCAGCCCCAGCGGCCUGGCGACUCGAUCGGGUCUCGUUGGUGGCCGAGAGAUUUAGCAUUCCUCCUCCUCCUCAUCGUCAUUAUCAUCAUCCUCAUCAUCAUCAUCAUCAUCAUCUCCACUUUCAUCGUCAUUAUUAUCAUCAUCCGACCAGGAUCAAACUGUAAAUUCAGCCCAAUUCGGCAUGAAGACAAGAUGAAAUGA